AUGGAGUCGGAUGAAGCAAGCGCCGGGAGUAUCUUAGCUGAGCAUCAGCUUAAGUACUGCUCACAGGUGUUGACCAGGAUUAAGCGGAACUCGAAUGCACCUCCAUUUCUAGAGCCUGUGGAUCCUGUGAAGCUAGGGAUUCCUGAUUAUCCAGAAAAAAUAAAGAAUCCCAUGGACUUAUCCACUAUUAGAAAGAAAUUAGAUGCUAAGGAAUACUCAGGACCUGAGGGUUUUGAUGACGAUAUGAAAUUGAUGUUUAAUAAUUGCUAUACAUACAACCCACCCGGAACAAUAGUUCAUGAUAUGGGGAAGGCCCUUGAGAGUGCAUACAAUGAUAUGAUGGCGGGAAUGCCCCAAGAGGUUUCCAAGAAAAGGAAGAAGAGUGAAAUACCUGUGACCGGAAGAUCCAAACAAGUGAAAAGAAAUGCAAAACCUGUCGAGGGCAUGAAGGCAGAAGAUUAUGAAUUUUGCUCUGAAGUUCUUAGUGAUUUGGUGAAACCGAAGCACAAAUCUUAUAAUUGGCCAUUUCUGGAACCUGUUGAUGGGGAUCUUGUUCCUGGGUAUUAUUCUGUGAUUAAAGAGCCUAUGGAUAUUCAAACGAUGAAAAACAAGCUUGAUCAAAGGAAAUAUCAUAGCGUUGAGGAGUUUGGAAGAGAUCUUGAGCUUAUUGUGGAGAAUUGCAAGAAGUUCAAUGCACCGGGAACGGAGGUGUACGCCUGCGGCCAGGAGUUUGAAAAGGCUGUGAAGGCACAUAUGGAAAAGACAUCUCCGGUUGAUAUCAAGAACAAGAUAUCUGAGCUGAAGAGAAAAGUUAUGUCUUAUACUCGGGAGAUUAGAAUGCUAGAAUCAAAGCUUGUGGAACAGACUGGAGAAGCACCUUCAUCCCGAGCUUACUCAUUGAGCGAAAGGGUUAGCAUAGGGAAUGCCAUACUGAAUAUGACUAAGGAACAAACAGAAAACGUUGCAAAGAUUGUUCUGAAGAACGGGGCUGGAGAGUUUGUAGAGAAUGAUGAGAUCGAGGUGGACAUGAGGACGAUUCCAGAUCAUGUUGUAGAGGAAAUAGAUAUGUACAUCAAGAGCAUUAAUAUUGGAGGGGAUGUGCAGGAUGAGUGA